AUGUCUUCGGUUUUAGUUUUAGUUUACUGGCAGUCGCUGCCAACGCGUGCAACAACCUCGACGUGGCUGUCCUAAGCGAGAACGAAAGUGUUAUUGCGCUCUAAUAACAUCGAAUCGAUAAUCAUUAUUACCGAUCGGGGAAUAUCGAGUUUCUUUUUUCUCCUGACAUCCGAUUUUCUCGCGCGCUUCACUCCGGGCCGAUUGACGCGAAUUAUGCGUGAUUGGUGGAAAUAUUUAAGAGACGUUUACUUAAUUGUACGGUGCACUUAAUUAUUCGUUUUUGGAUUCAAUAAGUUGGUGAUAAGCUCGUGUGAUAUGAGAAUGUGGGUAACUUAAAUUUGUGCGGGUAUUUUAAAAUAUCGCGUUUAAGUGUUAAUUAGCGGUGUUAAAAAUGUAGGGCGGGUAUCGUGUUCGUUAUCUUGAUCGAACUUGAUACAGACCAUUGGAGAAAGCUUAUCCAUUUUGAUCGGAUUGAUCGGAUUGAUCGGAUCAGAUCGUUACAGGGGGAUUCGUUUGCAAUAGUAGAAGACUAAUACUAGAUGACGCAUGGGAUUUGAAUUGAAUUUUAUCCAGUCGAUAAUCCACCACCUGACAACCCAUUGGAGGAGUAUUUAUAUGUACCCAUAUGUGUAAGCCGAUGACUGUAUGCCGAUCUGAGGAAGAUUAAGGAUUUAGUGCGACGUGUACAAAAAAUUUCACCCUCGAUAAAAAUUGAUUUAUCGUCCAAUGAUUUUUGCGAGUCCAUAAAACGAAAUCGACGGAGAUUGGAUUGAUUGGUGAUGAACAAGAAAUUAUUUAGAUAACUAAUUACAGUUCGCUUGAUUUGCUAUUCGACUCGCGUCAGGAGCAGCAAGAGUCACGCACCGGGCAAUUAUUCCAAGAGGAAGUCGCAGCCUGGACCAGAUGAAGAGCCGCUGAGCAGCGCGUCGGAGGAGGGGAAGAGGGGAGGCUGGGAGUCUUCUCGGAAGAUAAAGAAGGGAACGAAGGCAAGACGUAGAAAGGCUCAUUGGGACUCAAAGAGGAGAAGGAAAAGUGAAGAAGCGGUGUACCUAUAUACUGGGCCAGGGGGGGAGGUAGGAGCCACCCAUAAAAAGGUCGGCUUGUUUGGUAAUCAAAAGAUUUUUUUAAACCUCCCGCCCGCCUAGGAAGCUCAAACUAGCUGGCAGCUCGCUGGCCUCUAAUAACCAGCACAUGUGUCUCGGCUCUACGUGACGCUUGUGGUCGCGACCAGAGAGGAGAAGCGGAGGGAACGGGGAAAGGAAGGAGAGCACGAGAGGACACGUUCGGCAGGUUCGCCCGAAUGCGCCCGAAUGCGCCUGUAGAUAACACUGAAGAAGCUGCCGAUGCUUCAGACUGUGUCUGCCUAUUCUUUCCGAAGCUCAUAAAAGUCAUAACAGAGACAAAGGUAGCCAACGAGGAUGUCGAUAUGGCACCUGGGAACGGCGCCGUGAACGCUCGGAGUGUCUUCGGUUAGUCCGAAGGACAAAGUUGGUUCGCGCGUGGCCAAAGAAUAUUCUCGUAGUCCUUCUGGAGAAAUUCGGCACGUGCGUCGCAGCAGCGUCGAGACGUCCUUGAGAAUGUCCACCGAUCGAAGAAUCUGGAGGGAUCGAAGGACUCGCGCCCUGGGAUAGGCUGCUCCCGACCUGGCAAGGACAAUUCCCGAAGAAGCUCGCGAUGCUGUCCACCCUGGGAUCUUCUCUCUUUGUCACGUGUCUACUGAUGCUUGUGGAUCGGCGGGCGAUCGCCGAAGACGUCAGCGCUGAAUUCGAGAGCAAAGUCCCGGCGAAGCUGGUGUGGGCUUUGGAGGGCGAUGACGUCGAGCUGCCCUGUGACAUCACACCGCCAAUUCCAGCCGAUAAGGUUAGCAUGGUGCUCUGGUUCAAAGACACCGCUGGGAUUCCCUUUUACAGUUUGGAUACCAGACCCAGUUAUGACCUCAGAAACGCCAUUCAUUCGGCAGUGAGCGACGACUUUGGCAGGAGGACCUACCUCAACAUGGACGACGUCCAUCGGGCCAGGUUGAAGGUGAACAAAGUCACAUUGAAGGAUCAGGGUGUUUUCCGGUGCCGCGUGGACUUUGUCAACUCGCCGACGAGGAGCUUCUGGGUGAAUCUCACCCUGGUCGAACAGCCAACCGCCCCAGUAAUUUAUGAUGCUCAAGGCCGGGAAGUUACCGGCGUGGGUGGACCCUUUCUUGAGGGUUACAGCCUCAUUCUAACCUGCCAGGUGUCAGGUGGUAAACCGAGACCUACUGUCACGUGGUGGAAAGACGACGAAUUACUCGACGGCGUUAUGGAUGCGCCAUCGAUCAUUGGAACAGCCAGGAAAUUUACUAUUAAUCAACUCUUUGUGGAAAAAGUCACAAAGUCCUUAUGGGGCACCAGGCUCAAGUGUCGCGCGCAGUCCGGUUCUUUGGGGAAACCGAUAGAGCGCGAAGUCCCAUUGGAUAUUUACCUGAAGCCAGCGGCGGUGAAGAUAAUCCUUAACGAGGAGCAGAUCUACGCGGGACGUCCUAUUGCCGCCCGGUGCGAGACCUGGGGCAGCUCACCGGCGGCCAGGAUCCUCUGGAGACUCGGCGGGGUCGUCCUUAGGGAUCCCAAUGUGGCCACCACGCAGAGAACUAAUUCCACUGUGAGCAAACUGGCGCUGGUCGUAGACAAGGAGGACGACGGCAAGGAGCUCGUCUGCAGGGCUGAAAAUCCCAGGUUCCCCGGUGGAGUCCUUGAGGAGAUCAGGAUACUCCACGUGGCCUAUCCUCCCGUUGUCGUGACCAAUCUGGCCGUGGGAUACGUUUUGGACACCCUGCGGGAGGGCGACGACUUGAAGUUGGUCUGCGAUGUCCAGAGUAACCCACCACCUACGAGCAUCGUCUGGUAUCACUACGACACUCAACUGGAGCAUAAUGUAACGGCCGGCACUUUGGUGGCGUCAAACACCCUGACUCUACGCGUCCUUACCCUGAGACACUCUGGGGAGUAUUCGUGUCAGGCUGUGAACGCCGUAGGAGCCACUCGCAGUCCUUCCAUCCUCAUCCGCAUGAAAUAUGCUCCAAGGUGUCGCGAAGGUCUUCAGUGGCAAGAGAUACCAGCGAUACGUCACGAGACGCUGUCGCUGCAUUGCGAGGUGGAAGCUGUGCCGGGAGACACGGUCAAGUUUUCAUGGACGUACAACAACACCAGGGGAGACGUCUUGCCCAUGCCGAACUCCAGGGCCCGGAACCAGGGCCUGAGCAGCGUCCUGGAGUACACUCCUGCGGCCGACACGGACUUUGGGACUCUGGCCUGUUGGGCCAGCAACAGCGUGGGCCGUCAGCUUUCACCGUGCAUAUUCAACGUGAUACCAGCAAAAGCACCCCAGUCGCCCCUCGAUUGUUCGCUGCACAACGAGACGAGUGCACUGGAGGUGAACUGCAUCCCUGGGUCGGACGGUGGUUUGCCGCAGCACUUCCUCUUGGAAGUUCGUGGCGGUUCUCUGGGUCAGGCGCAGACAGGUCUACUUCAGGCGCCGCAAAGCGACCAGGGUGUAAUUGGCGAGGCACCGCCGAUCUACCAGGAACGUAAUCCGAAGCCGGUCUUCCAGCUUCACGAUCUGGAGCCAGGUUACGAGUACACGGUGGCCAUUUACGCGGUGAAUAAUCGAGGACGAAGCGAUCCGGUAUUAUUGGAGAACAUCCGCGUGGCGGCGCCACUGGGUCCCGUCGAGAGAAUCAGCAUAAUGCUGGAAGACCUCAAGAAAGUUAUACCUCAGACCAGCUCAAACAACAUUAUAGUCAUCAUGGCGCUGAUAGGUGCAGCCUCCCUUAUACUGGUCGGCAUCGGAGUGGUCAUUGGCCUAGCCAUUUGCAGGAAAAGAUCUGCUGCGCCUGCACCAGAAGGUCCUGAUGAUUUCACCACCCCUACCUACGUUCCUGCUCAGAGAAUAGAACCCCGGGUCGGAUACGUCUCGGACAAGAGACGUUCUCAAAGGACGAGUCUCUACAUCGAAGAAAGUCGAAAUGAACCGGAUCUACUUCAGCAGGUCGAAAUUGAUCUCCAGAGUUAAUUUUCAAAGCGGAUAGGCGACCUCCACAGAAUUGAGAAGUACCUUGUCUACGGGCAUUGGAUUACUCUGCUAGCUCGUUAAGCUAGGUUAGGCUACUCUCUAAGGAUAAUGUACGAAACGUGUAGUCGUGUUUGGGAGAAACAAGGACCUGGACCAAUCGGGACGCUUGUACCUAGCAAGUGAUCCUCGAGAUUCGCCACGAACGGACUGGAUGCUCCUUUCCUGACUUGCCUGGCUUUCCUGGAUUUCCUGGCUUUCCUGACUUGGCUGAACUCGCGGCGGCUUCUCCUUCCUCGCCUACGUGCUAAGCGACCCGAAGGAUGCGGAUGCGAACUUCGUCCUGGAUAUCUGUAACCUCUAAGCUAUAGUCUGCCACUCACGUUUAUAAUACAAGUACCUUCAUCGAGAAUAUAACGAGAUAGUGUACAGUUAUUUUUGAUAUAGGACACUCAGACUCGACAAUUAGUUUUUAAUAGCUGACGACUGGCUAAAUGUAUUUCCAAUAGUUCUUUAGGUCCAUACGAUAUGUAUGCAUUUGGUACAACAACAGCGGAUCUUUUCGAUUUGCAAUCAUAGAUCUAUAUUAUACAACGUGUAAAAUAUUACUGUAGUUUUUUUAGCCACGGAGCAAUAGUAUUUUCAUUAACGAGAAUUAAUGAAGUCGAAAUAAAUUGCGAUUUGUACCUCA